UUUAACCGACGCUGCCGGCCUCACUGAGACCUCGAAUACAAAAGCCGCACACCCACAGAGCGACCAGCUCCACCAAUCGCAGCACCGCUGCCUUCCACCUCCAGGCCUCCACCUCAUCCUCCAUGGACGAACCGCCGCUCCAUCCACCACUACUCCCCCACGCCCUCACCACCGGCGAGUAGCAGAGCGCCUCGCUGCCCUUGCCUUCACGGAUCCAAAUUAUCGGAAGAGAAGUUUUGAUACCCCCUGCCUUCAUCCGUACCACGACGGCGGAUUCUCUGGGCUUCUCCUCGAUGUCCGCGGCGGCGGCCGGGCAGGAGGUGGCGCCGGCCAUCGUGGCCGUAGCCGAGGCGGAGGAGUGGGAGGUGUGCGCGUGCUGCGGGCUCAGGGAGGAGUGCACGCCGGCGUACGCGGCCGGCGUGCGCGCGCGGUACGUCGGGCACUGGCUGUGCGGGCUCUGCGGCGACGCCGUGGGCGAGGAGGUCGCCGCCGGGGGCGGGUCGGUGCUGGAGGUCGAGGCGGCGAUCGCGGGGCACGCCGCCUUCUGCCGCGCGCUUGGUGGGGGGACGCCGGCCGCGGCCGAGCGGCUCAUCGCGGCGGUGCGGCGGCUGCUCCGCAACGCCGACGCGGGCGCCAAGCAGGAGGACAAGGCUGUGGUGGUGGUGGAGUUCCAGGAGGCCGCCUCUUGACCGCCUGAAGCUGAAUGGGACGGAUCGAAGAUUUGUUCUUGCAGGCGGCGCUAGCUAGCUACUCUACUCUGCUAGUCCUAUUUUUCGUAAUUUAAAUUUUUAUUAGUUCUGAAUAUUUGUAUGCUUAAAAUUCGGACAUGAACGCUGAAAUUUCUCCAGCCCUUGUACAAGCCCUUAGGAGAUGUGGAACAUCAGAAAUUUUGGAGAAAAGGGGCUGUGAGAAAUUUGAAGUAUAUAUACAAGCUAGUACAAGAUGGGAGAAUCCCAUCUUUCAUGUCAUUUAGUUCAAAUUCAUCCAAAUCUGUACAUUUAUGAUCUAACACUGUUGAGGGUGCCAAUCA